GAAUUACGUGAGAGUUGCGGGGGUGCUACGUGGCCCCUCUUGCCAGUGUGCUGGCUUUUUGCCAAGUCAGGCGGGACCAGAUUGAAAAAGAUCGCAAGUGCAUUGCAUGCGAGAAAUAUCCGACGGUUACGGUAGCUUUGGAAGUAGUACGUACGAAGUCCUUUCUCGAUCAUCACCCUCGUGACAUGCAACACUUUGCCAAGGCAACGCAGCUACUUUGCCUUCGGCUCUUGCUUGGAUACACAGACAGCUAGCUACUAGCUAAUCAUAACCCUCUAUCAUCUUCCUUACAAUUUUUUGUCAUACAACAAGACAACCAACAAUCACCAUGAAGGUUUCCAUCUUUGCAUCUCUGUUUUUGGCCGCAGGAGCCGCCGCUUUUGCUCCUGCUGCUUCCACUUCUCGUCUCUCGGUGGUCUUGAAGGGAACCGCAAAUGAGCUCGGCAUCCCUUGUGAAGAUGAAUGCGCUCUGGAAAGUUUCCCCAACCUUCCACCCAGUGUUCACCCUGGUGUUUUGAGUGGACAGGCCCAAAUGGAUUUGUUGCAACACGCCAAGGAAAAUGGGUAUGCCAUCCCAGCGGUGAACUGUGUCUCCUCAUCUGGAAUCAACGCUUGUCUGGAGGCUGCCCGAAAGAAUGAUGCCCCUAUCAUCAUUCAGUUCUCCUCUGGUGGAUCUCAAUUCUAUGGAGGAAAGGGACUUGACAACAGCAACUACGCGGCUGCCAUUGCCGGAGCUGUCUCGGGUGCUUUCCACGUCCGAACCAUGGCUGAACAGUACGGUGUCCCCGUCAUUCUCCACACCGACCACUGCGCCAAAAAACUUCUUCCAUGGAUCGAUGGUCUGUUGGCUGCUUCGGAGCGUUACUACGAGCAACACGGUGAGCCACUGUUCUCUUCUCACAUGAUUGAUUUGUCUGAGGAGCCAAUUGAGGAGAACAUUGAAAUCUGCAAGAAUUACAUGGAGCGCAUGUCCAAGAUUGGUCUCCUUUUGGAGAUGGAAUUGGGAAUCACUGGAGGAGAGGAAGAUGGUGUUGACAACACGGAUGUCGCCCUUGAAGAUCUUUACUCCAAGCCCGAAGAAAUCUACCAAGUCUACGAAGAACUGGAAAAGGUCUCUCCCAUGUACACAAUUGCUGCUGCCUUCGGAAACGUUCACGGUGUCUACAAGCCCGGUAAUGUCAAGCUCGAGCCUGAAAUUUUGAACAGGGCUCAGGGUUACAUCAGCGAAAAGAUCGGCGACAAGGCGCCAGAGGACAAGAAGCCCGUCAUGUUUGUUUUCCACGGAGGCAGUGGCUCUGAUGUUUCUGAUAUCCAAAAUGCUAUUGACUACGGUGUGAUCAAGAUGAACAUCGAUACUGAUACUCAGUGGAGUUACUGGGAGGGUAUCAAAAACUUUGAGGCCAAGUACCAUGAUUACCUGCAAGGACAAAUUGGAAAUCCCGAGGGAGAUGACAAGCCAAACAAGAAGUACUACGAUCCCCGUGAAUGCAUGCGUGCCGCCGAAGUCACCACCGUUGAACGUCUGGGACAAGCCUACGCGGACUUGAAGUGCCAAAACAUCCUCGGUCUUCCACAAAUGGCGGAUGCCGAAAACGUCCUUGGACCUCGACGAGGAGGACUUCCUGUUUAAAUCAGGCAGAGGUGGUCGUCUAGCGGUCUUUUCGUGGCGCAGCGGACCGUACCGUAGCAUUGUUUAAAAUUAUUAUACAUAGUAGCUUCAAACCAGACUAGCCUGCAACGUUAGUGCGAGCGAUUUUGGACUCGAAAUGCUCCGUCAAAUGGAGACUACAUAAAUCUCCUUGCCACAACUCCUGAGAGGCCUUGUGAGGUGUAAGACAAUCCUGUAGGACUGUUUUACUAGCAAGGGCAGAAUGAGCUUCCGCUGACAUCAGCGUACAAAGAGAAAGAGAACGCCCUUUCUCUUGAACACCCUCGUCCAGAGAUCUCCGCCGCCCAAACCAAGUUUUGCGGUUCUACAGUUUUCUGCUGUGACUGCAGCUACAGCUGUACGGUGUA